AUGAAGAUUCACCACGGUGUGUACAUAAGUUAUGAUAAAGCUUGGAGAGGACGUGAAAUUGCUUUGAAUUCCAUUAGGGGUACUCCAGAGGACUCAUAUGCCAUGUUGUCUGCCUUUUCGGAUGCACUGAUCCGAAACAACCCAGGUACAUAUACGGCUGAAGAAGCAGAUGAUGAAGCUACGAAGAACAAAUAUCUUGGUACCCUCAUAUCUGCUUGUACUAUUGAUGGGAACUCUCAAAUUGUGCCCCUAGCUUUUGCUGUCGUUGAUUCAGAGAAUGAUUUGUCAUGGUCAUGGUUUUUUCGAAACCUUAAAGCCGUUUUUGGGGAACAUAAUGAGAUGGUAAUUGUUUCUGAUGCUCACAAAAGUAUAGAAAAUGAGUUUAAUGACGUUUAUGAAAUAGCUGAACAUGGAUUAUGUGCAUUCCAUUUGUUGAAGAACUUGAAAAAAAACCAUAAAUCACUUCCCAUGGAGGACUCAUUCAAUAAAUGUGCCAGAGCGUAUACACCACUAGAAUUUGAGUACUACAUGAGGCAACUCGAACAACUAUCUCCAUCAAUGAGGCAUGAGUUGGAAGCAGUGGGAAGACAUAAGUGGGCUAGGGCAUUUUUUAGGAGAAAAAGAUACCAGGUUAUUACAACCAACAUCUCUGAAAGUAUGAACUCUACCUUGAAAGAACAACGAGAAUUGCCUAUAAUUGGACUUCUAGAAUCUAUCCGUAGUUUGAUUCAAAAAUGGUUCUAUGAAUGUCGUACCAAAUGGAGUUUCCAACGCACACAACUUUCAAUAUCUGCAGAAGAUAUGAUUCGAGAAUCCUUGGCGCAGAGCCGCUCAAUGAAUAUAUAUCCUGUAGACCAACAUGAAUUUGAAGUCCACCAUCGUAAAGAACAAUUUGUCGUCAACAUUUUAAAUCGGACAUGUUCAUGUCGUCAAUGGGACCUUGAUUUGAUCCCUUGUUCACAUGCAUGUAUAGCAUUGUCCACAAGGAAUCUUAAUCUCCAUUUAUACACCGAUAAGUUCUACUAUGUCUCAAAUCUGAUAAACCUGUACAAGAAGGGGACGCGUCCUAUUGGUACUGUAAACCAAAUUAGGAAUACCCACCAAGGUGGCAAUGAUGGAAUACUUCCACCGCAGGUUAAACGUCCAGCUGGAAGACCCAAAAAGAAGAGGUUUACUUCAUUCUUAGAGAAGAAAGCCUCUGUUCGUUGUAGCAGGUGUGGUAAAAAAGGUCACAAUUGCAGGUCUUGUAAAGAACCCAUUUAA